AUGACAGAUACCAGUAUCGCAUCGACUACGACGCCGCAGGCUACUAUCCCUGCGCCUGUCGCUGAUCAGGCUCCUAUCCAGGCAACUGCCGCACAAGCAGCGUCCGUCACUGCGACUGCCGCCGCCGCCACCGCUGCCGUCAACAGCCCCGCCAUGAACGGAGGCGGCGAGCAACUACCCUGCCAAUGGGUUGGCUGCACUGAAAAGUCCCCAACAGCCGAGGCCCUCUACGAACACGUCUGCGAACGCCAUGUCGGACGCAAGAGCACUAACAACUUGAACUUGACUUGCCAAUGGGGUACUUGCAACACUACCACCGUCAAGCGUGACCACAUUACCUCUCACAUCCGAGUUCAUGUGCCUCUUAAGCCUCAUAAGUGUGACUUCUGUGGCAAGGCUUUCAAGCGCCCCCAGGAUUUAAAGAAACACGUCAAGACUCAUGCCGAUGACUCGGAAAUUCGCUCUCCUGAACCUGGCAUGAAGCACCCCGAUAUGAUGUUCCAGCAAAACCCUAAAGGCUAUGCCGCCGCUACUCACUAUUUUGAGAGCCCCAUCAGUGCCGUCAAUGGCGGAUACGCACACGGUGCGCCUCAGUACUAUCAACCUCACCCUCCUCCUCAGCCUGCAAACCCACAUUCCUAUGGCAAUGUGUACUAUGCGCUGAGCCAGGGACAGGAUGGAGGCCACGCCGCGUACGACCGCAAGCGUGGUUACGAUGCUCUGAACGAGUUUUUCGGUGACCUGAAGCGCCGCCAAUUUGACCCCAACUCCUAUGCUGCCGUCGGCCAGCGGCUACUUAGCCUCCAGGCUCUCCAGCUCCCUAUACUCAAUGGCCCCGUGCCAGAGUACCAGCACAUUCCGGCCUCCGUUGCGGUCGGAGGAGGCAGUGGUUACAGCCCCGGUGGUGGCCAGGCUCCUGGUUACCAUCUCCCUCCCAUGUCCAACGUUCGCACUAAGAACGACUUGAUCAACAUCGAUCAGUUCCUCGAGCAAAUGCAAAACACCAUCUACGAGAGUGACGAGAACGUGGCCGCCGCUGGCGUUGCCCAGCCCGGUGCUCACUACGUCCACGGUGGUAUGAACUACCGUACUACCAACUCACCUCCUACUCAGCUCCCGCCAAGCCAUGUCACCGCGCAACCAGCCCCCAUGAUGGCUGCUUCGGCCCAUUCUCCCUCUGUUGGCACCCCGGCUCUGACUCCGCCCUCCAGCGCACAGUCAUACACCUCGCAGCGCUCUCCCAUCUCAAUGCACCACGCUCACCGUGUCUCGCCUCCUCAUGAGAGCGGCGCUGGCAUGUACCCUCGUCUGCCCUCAGCCACUGUUGUCGAAAGCAUGGCAGCGGGAUACCCCACUGCCUCCAGCGCUGCCCCACCCUCUACUCUGAGUGGAGCAUAUGACCACGAUGAUCGCCGUCGCUACACUGGCGGUACUCUGCAACGCGCCCGGCCGGCCGAGCGAGCUGCGACUGAGGACCGCAUGGACGUUUCCCAAGACAGCAAGGACGAGGGCGAGCGCACUCCCACCAAGGGCGCCCACUUCUCCGAGAGCCUGAUUGAUCCCGCGCUACACUCCAGCACAUCCCCGGACCCUGACCAGGAAUCUGCCCAGCGCACCGCGCAGGCUGCUACUGAGGUCACUGAGCGUGAUGUCAACGUCGCCUGGGUUGAGAAGGUCCGUCUCCUGGAGAACCUGCGCCGCCUCGUCUCUGAGCUGUUGGAGGCUGGCAGCUUCACUUCCCAGUUUGGUACCCAGAGUGCCCCUGCCCCUGUCUCUCCUACUCCUGGCCUCGAUGCCAUGGAGGGUGUUGAGACUGGUAGCGCACCCGAGACCAAGGAAGAGCCUCCCAAGGCUGAAAGCGAGGCUGUCUUCUACCCUACAUUACGUGGUGUGGACGAAGACGAGGACGGGGAUUCCAAAAUGCCCGGCGAUGAAGCGUAA